UCAUUCUACUGCAAUUCGUCCUAAGGUGAACAUCCGAGCUUAAUAGUUUCAACGUGUGUGACAUUGAAGUGAAAGCUUGUUUCCUUCCUCAAUACCUUGAAAUAUUGAAAUAUAUGAUUUGAAAUAAUUAUAACAAUAAGAAAAUCAAAAAGUAUUUACAAAUUUUAUAAUCGCUAUAUUAGCUACUACAGUGAAAAGCAAUUUAACUCCUAUUUACCAGUAUCGAUCGGCAAACAGUUUUCCGUGAACAAGCUAUAGUUUACAGCGGCGCCGACUAUAUUUCAACAAAAACGUUAAAAGUCAAGAGUCACCGUUACCGUCGCCGAGAUGGCGUUCAUGAUGCCUGUAAUGAAGAACGAUUGGGACAUUUACAACUCACAGCGGUCGCGGCGAGCCUCAGAGUCCGCGGACAAAGUGGCGAUCGGCGGCCGGGUUCGAAAAGUGUCCGAAUCAAGAUCGGAAGGUCCCGUGUUGUCCCCACGAACAGCCGCUGCGCUCAGCCCUCAUCGAAGUGCUCCUGCGAUGCGCUCGUUGUCCUACUGUCGGGUACCUCCGUCCCGAGCAUCAUUGCGAGUGCACGAAAGCCGAAAGGGUUCGGGUAGCCCGCCCAGCAGCAGCGCGCGGGAAUCGGACAAGUUUCACAGCAGGGCGUGCGCCGGAUCCCCCGAGCGACAUUCGCGCUGUGGCGCCUGCAUGCCCUACCUGUGAAGCGGCCAGGCCCGAGGGCUCUCGCCACCGCCCUCGCCGACACACCAUCUGUGAUAUGUACGCGAUAGAGCACACCAGUUGAGUACGUUUGAAUGUGUUAACCGAGGAUGGACGCUGGAACCUUAAUGUUUGAACAUCCUAAUAGUAAUAGUCGUCACCUAUUUGGUUCGCUUUGGCGGUUGCAUGUUUGUUUAGUAUUAUGUUCACCUUCGAGUAUUAAAGGGUUGUCGAGUGAGGUUGUAACAGGGCUGUAUGUAGAAUGUUUAAGACUGCGUUUAGUUUAAGGUGGAAUAUCGGGAACGUUUAUUAGUCUAUUAUGAAGAGCUCUUAAAUCGUUCGUUUAAUCGUACGCCCAGUAGUCUUGGCAGUUCGCGAUUGGUAUCUGUGAUUUGUUAACUAUAAGUUACGGUGUUAUUAAUUUUAAAUGAAAAGAAGUACCUUAUUAUUUAUUUCUUUAAGCGUAAACGCCGUAAUGAUAAAUUAUCAGAAAAUGAUUAUUUGAAAAUCUGAUGAAAAUGUUUCAUUGAAAUUUGUAAUUUUUGUUUAGCUUGAUUAGUAAAUAUUAUUACAUUUAGUUUCGAAAUUGGAUUCAGUAUUCUUUGAUUGUACUUUAAAUGGAAGAUGCGUUUGCAUAUAAAUUUUACGACAUAGUGAUUUAAUUAUUAUGUGUUAGGUAGAGUUAGAGUAUAUUUAGCCAUCGACUUGACAUUAGCUUGUCCCAACUACAUUAUUAUUAUGUACAUGAUUAAGUAUUUUUUGUUACGUAUUGCAUGAUUUUAUGUGAUGUUAAAAAUGACUGUGUAAAUGGACCAGAUUUAUUAAAUUUUA